AUGUCGUCCGUCAAAGCCACAAAGAAGAGCGCCUUCUCAAACCCGACUCUGUCUUAUACACAACGGCUUGAGGAACGCAUCAAAGAACUCGAGGACCAACUUGCUGCCAUUAAAUCCCCACCUUCAAUUACCGCUUCAAAUCAUUCUAGUCCGGGCGUCUGGAACGGCCAUGACUUGAAUCGCCAUCCAGAUGAGCACGCCAUGACGAGGAGCUUCAUGGGUCUCAAGAUCGACGACAAGGGUGGAAUUACCUAUCAUGGACCUACUAGUCUUUUCAAUCUCCCCAGUGAUCCUCACAAACACAAGCCAGAUUCAAUAUCCUCCAUUGACUCAGAUGCUCAUAGGAGAGAACGCCUAGUCAACAAUGCAUGGCACCAGCGUGCAAUGGAAAACCUGUCCGAUAUUCCAGAACCAUUUCAGUAUCUCUUAAACGUCCAUUGGUGUUGGAUCCAACCCUUGUUCAACUUCAUUUAUAGGCCAGCCUUCACUCGUGAUAUGCAAUCAAUGGGACCUUACUAUUCUCACACACUUCUUAAUGCCAUGCUUUCACAUUCUAUUCGCUGGGGUAAAAGUGAUCCCUCGACAAAACAGCUGCUUGACCAAUCCUAUGACGGCGGUGCUGUGUUCGCAAAACAUGCUAGAAGCAUGCUUUUCGACGAACUAAACAGAGGCGUUUGUACUAUCCCAACCGUCCAGACGUUGCUCCUUCUUAGUGCAGGAGAGUGUGGCCAUGGAAACACAACACAAGCUUGGAUUUACAGCGGCAUAGCUUUCCGCCUAAUUGAUCAUUUAGGUAUAUGCGUCGAUGGACAGAGAUAUCCCGGAUCCGUCCACUUGACCGACGAAGAGGUCGAGAUCAGACAUCGGUUGUACUGGAGCUGUUAUUUCUGGGACAAAAUCAUAAGCCUCUACCUGGGCCGCUCUCCUUCAUUGCAACAUACGCUUGUAUCACCGCCGCAAAUCAUUAUGGACGACUCUGCCGAAAAUGAACUUUGGGUUCCAUUCGAUUCUCCCAAUGGUUCAGACUGGAAGUAUCCUCCUGCGACAGCUCAUUCUACCUCGUGCUUUAUGAGUGCAUGCCGAUUGUCUGUUAUUUUCAAUGAAAUUCUCAUUCACAUGUAUGACCCAUUAUUGGAGAACACAGAGGCAGAGAUGCAAGAGUGUCUGCAAACGCAAGACCCUGCCAUGAAGCUAUGGUGGGACCAACUUCCGCCUUACCUCAAGAUCGAGCUUUCUGCUAUGCCAGAAUUAGCACCACCCUCUCAUAUUGUUACUAUGAAGCCUAUGCUCUCCUGGCAAGUGUAUCCAGAGGACGAAGGCCCGCAUCCCAUGCAAAAUCACCUCGUGGAGUGUGUCACAUCUGCAACAGCCAUCAUCGCCAUCUUCGAUCUCUUCUGCAGGACAUUUACCAUCAGCCACUGUGUUCUGUCACUCUCUUACAGUGUGUAUAUAGCAGCAACCAUCUUUCUUUUGCAAGUUCAGGCUACCCCGGAAAACCAGCAGGCGGUUCGCAAACUGAACUUUUGCGUCCGUGCCUUGCAGCAAGCCAAGACCGUCAACCCAGUAAUUUCGAGUGCUCUAGAUCUAAUCACUAGAGAAAUGACCAACCUUGGCCUUAACCCAGGCUUCAACACACCGCUUCAACAACCCAUACCGCAACAAAUGCCAGAAGUUCCAAUUCCGACUGACAUACCGAUCACCGAGACUGUUUACCCAUCUUCUUUUGAGAUACCCGCACAGCAAUCGCCCUAUGAGCCAGAACAGUUGUUCCAAACCCCUUGGGCUGACAAUAUGAACCCGGAUGCGAUGGCUGUUGAUCGUGGGGUUUUCGAAGCACUGUCCACAUUCGAGCCACUCAGUGCACAUCUCAUUUUACUGUUUCGGUUCUGGUUGAUGACCCGAUUUCGAAAUGUACUGGGAUUACGGCAUUCCGAGUCCAAUGUUCAAGUCGAUCAACUUGAUUGCGCCAAACUCAUCAGACCCCAAACAGAGAAUGGUUGUCAGGCACAACAAUCCGCUCUGACACCACUCGAUGACCACAAGCUCGAGAUGACUGAGCCAGGGCACAUCAAAAGCUUCGGCGAGUCCCUGACAACAGCUCUGACAAGACAUAAAGCCAGCAUGGCCCAAGAUCAGCACGGGUCAUAA